GGCAUAUUUCCUCGUAGCGGAGCGAGAAACUGUUAAUCGAAAUCUUACGAUCGCUAUGUGACGUUUAGUGAAUAUUAAUAAAGAGUGUUGUUUCAGAAUGUGUGAAAGUGUUCGAUCGAGUAUGAUCUAUUGUCUUACGAUGGAAUCGAGCGUAGACACUGAAUUCUUCACGAUAUUCUGAAUUUUUUAAACAAACAAGUUUGCAUAAUGACAAUGACGAAUUGAAAUGCAAGAUAAAUAAAUAUAAAUAAAAAUUUACAUUAAAACAGGUGUAAAUAGUAUUGUUGAAUUUAACUAUAUUGCAUUUGAGAUGACUUUCCAAAUACAGUCAAAAAAGACUUUGUUCAUUGCUAUAGUUUAUCUAUUUGCAAUAAUGAUGCAAAUAACUGCGGAGGGUAUCGUAUGUUUUAAAUGUUAUGCAUCACAACCAGGACAUGAAAAAACUGAUUUACUAUGUUCUCAAUUUGAUAAAAGUCUUCGGUUUCAAGUGCACUGUCCUUCAUCCACACUUUGCAGAAAAAGAACUAUUUAUUCCAAAUAUAAAACAUCUAUAAUCACAACUGUAGAAAGGGACUGUGCACCUCAAAAACGUACAGUACCGAUCUAUAGUGAUAAUAAGUGGCAAAAUAAAGAAGAAAUUGUGACGUCCGCUUACAAAGAAGGUUGUUUUAUUGGUGAAGAUAGAGGAGCACCAGCUGGUCCACCAGAAUAUUGUUUUUGUGGACAUCAUUUAUGUAAUUCAUCACAAUCAAUUGAAAUCAUCAAUAUAUAUCAUAUUUUUAUAUCAAUAACAGUAUUACUGUUUACAACUAACUUACUAUUAUGAUACUCUUCCUCUAAGUACUUACUAAACAUGACAAAAAAUUUUUUAAUAUAUUUCAUC